AUUGAAUUUCUUAAAUAAUUAAAAAAUUGUUAAUCAAUUUUUAAUGAUGUAAAUAUUUUCAUGAAUGCUAUGAUAAAUGCAAUAGCUAAAGGUAUCCCAAAAACAAAACAAUUAUGUUGUGAUAAUAUUGCUUAAUUCUUGAGUGGAUUUGGAGAUUUAAGAAAAAGAAAGGAUUGGAUAAAUCAAUUAUUCGAUCUUUAUUUCAAAUCUGACAUCUAUUAUAAUAGAAUCACUUUUAUUGAUAUUGUUUAAUCAUUUACAGAAUUCAUCUCUAAGAAAUUAUUCAAACAGUAUGAAUUCUUUGAUAUUCUAAUAUUUUCAAAAGAUCCAAUUGUCAAUGUUAGAAUGAGAUUAAUAAAGGUAUUAAUUAAACAAAAUUUUAGAUUUUACCAUUGUUAUACAAAAAAAUUGAUAGUGACGAUCUUAUUAUUUUAAAUAUGUUUAAUGAAUCUGUAUAAGAUUGUAUUUUAAGUGGAUCUCGUUCUUUUUAAUUUAUGAUUCAGUAGACUAAAGAAGAAUUAUUAAAACCAAGUGAUGAAAAUUUAUUAAAUAAAAGAGAUUAAGAAAUGAUGGAAAAAGAAGAAUCUAUAUUCAAAAAUGAUUAAAAAUAAAGACAAUUAUUAUUAGAUUAAGAAAGGGAUGAUUUAGAAAUAAAUAAAAUUGAUUUAAAUGAUUACUUGAAUAAAUACAAAAAAAAGUAUCCCCUUACUAAGAUUAAAACUACUAAUCAAAGUUAAACAAAUUUAUUUAAAAAAUAAUAAAUUUAAAAUGGAACUGCAACAUUAAUAAUCAAGAAAUCAGUUGAUUUUGAUACAAGUAAGAGUCCAAUAUUAGAAUGUACCUAAGUUAUGAAAAAACCAGUUUUAAAAUCUAAGACUCCUACAACAAAGAGUAUUUGUGAUAUUAAAAAGCAAUUUAAGCUUCCAAGUAUCAAGAAGUGA